ACCUAAUUAACGCGAUAAAUCUCACAGCCCUAACACAUACACAAUAUAAAGUUAUAAUAAAGUUCUGCCCCAAAUAACUAAGAGGUUUUGAUAAAUAACUCUUGUUUCCAAAGGUACAUAGUCCCCUAUUGUAACAGAAACAUUGGAGUUAAAAAACUUAAAGAAAACACAAUUUAUUAUGUUAAUCUUCAACAAUUACAUUUAGACAUUUGUGAAGUGUGACUAAAAGUCAUGAUGCAAUUCAACAAAUGGGUGGAACCAAGACAGUUUAGUCAGUUUUUUCCUUAAAAAACAGGAAAUGAAGCUUUAAAACCAGAAAAUUUACUGGAAAGUUAAGACCUUCAACUGAGAAUGACUUUAGUUCUGGAACUAAUGAUUCUUUUAUUGCUUCAGUUUGAAGGCACCAGUGGAAAAACUAUAAAUCUGUAUGCAAGAGCUGGGGAUCAAGUACUUCUGCCUCGUAAUGCUAGUUCCUCCUCUCACUCAUGCUCCAAGGUGGACUGGUUGCACCGAAAAGAAAAGAUUGCAUCUGAAAAAGUUGUAAUGGGUGGAAUAGUUGUCCAGAGUUCAGCUGGAGCUUCCAGGCUGAGUGUGAGCAGCGACUGUUCUCUGCUGAUCAGAAACAUCAUGGAUGAAGACGCUGGACUUUAUGUCUUUAUUGAGUCUGAUAUAUCCUCUUUUGUUUACCUAAACAUUUUGAGCAUCUCUCCAUCUCCACCAGAUGUUCAUGGAAAUAUCAAAUUACAGUGUUCUCUUAGCAGCCUUGAUGAUAAUGUUUCCUGUCAGCACAGCAGCAUCUUAUGGGUGGAUGAAACAGGAACUGAUCAGCUUGGUGAAAAAGCUGACUUUGAGUCUGGAGGACAGAAGAAGUGUGUUUCUGUUUUGACUGUGAAGCAUCAGAGGGGAAACAACCAAAGACUCACCUGCCAGUUUGUAAAGAACAACAAUGUGAAGAUAGAUGCUGUCUACGUUCCAGCCUCUACAGAUCUUAACCAUAGCAACACUUUUAUCAUAACUGGAGCUGUGGUCGGUGUGUUGUUGAUGAUGCUGGCUGUCGUCACUACUGUUCUCUUCAAACGAAGGAAAGCCAAAAAGACAGAGGAUCCCAAAAAUGAAACAGAUCUUCCAAAAUCGCCACAUCACAAUAGUGAACUGACUUAUGCCACUGUAAUCCAUUUGAGACCAAAUACUUCUGCCAAAAGAACGGUCAACAAAGAAGAAGCUGAAGUGACUUAUUCUGCUGUUCGAGUGAAAUGAUAUAAACAGAUCUUGACGUCCUCCAUCUCAACAUGGAAAAAAGAAGAAUUACAAAAGUAGAAAAGACAGAAUGACCUGACCCCCUGGAAACAGCAGGAGAUUAUUUGCUGCAGUGGUAGUGUUCACCACUAUACAUACUAUAUACAGUAUGUCUUGGUACAUCACACCAGAAUAAGAAACUUUAGAAUGAUAAACUUUAGCCCUGUUCAAGUCAAUGCAAUGCACAUCAAGCCAUACUGCUACCUCCACCUGAGGGACAUAAAUGGAGCAAGACCCCUUACUAUCUCCUGCUCCAGAAUAGGGUCGCAGGAGUCGCUUAUUAUCGUAUUCCCUAUCUCUGACUAUAAGUAAUAAGUAAUAACUUGUAAUACAUUACAUGAUCCAGUCAUUGUUCUUAGAUAAUUUUCAUCCAACAGCCGGAUUUUUUUUUACUAGUUUCAUCAUCUUAUUUUGAAAGACUACAACUGUGGAAAAUGUCACAUAGAUCAACAUUUUCCAUGUAUAGGGUAAAGACUUAUUCAGUGUCAUUUCCACAAAACGUCAUAAAACCAAGAAAAAAAACAUACUUGUGUGUUCAAUGACAAAAAAAAAAAAAAAUCUUGCUCAUUUUUUUGGCUCCUGUGACAUGUGUGUUAACAAAAACUGCAAAUAGAGGAAGUUUCUGUCUAUGGCAGCAGGUGGCAGCAAAGAACAUUAACUCAAUCAAUCCAACUAGAGAAGAAAGUAAUAAUGAAGUGUUCUUUUUUUUAAGACAUGCAGGUUGUUCUCGCCAUAUGUUAAUCAAUAAAAAAUAAAUAAAUUGUUCAUUUGUCUUUGGGUUAUGUUUACAAUCCUUUCAGACUUUAUAGUUACCUUUUUAGUUACUGGUAAGGCUUUGAGUGAAGGCUGCCAUGACUAAACGUCUGUCCCCUUGACUCUGACUGAUGAGGAGAGUAUUGAGGAUUGUCCAUUUUUUUUCCUUCUAGUUCUUCUAAGUCUCAAGCUUCAAAGAAAUUGGAGACAUUGUUGCUAGCCUUUCAAAGCUAAUUAAUGCUUGGGCAAACAACACUGAUGAGCAGAUUGAAAAUAAAAAAAAGAUUUUGUAUAAAGGAGCUCAAAGAUGUUAAAGAGAAGAUGCGUGUCAACAAAGAAUAAUUGAUUUAGAAAGAUACUCAUGAAGAUGAAACCUUCAAUCCUUUGAUGCUAAAGAAGAUGUGUGAAAGAAGGUGAUAUAAAUCUUCCAGAAACUACUUCCAGAAUACAAAAUUCACCUUCUAGAAACUCUUGAUAGAGUUUAUCAUCAGCCUCAAGCACCAAAACAGCGAUAGACCAGAGUACUCAUCAUUCAGUUCAUUUCACAUGUCUGCAGAGAUAUCUGCAGGGCUGCCAAGUGAAGCCCAGAUGACGUUAUGCAUCUAUUGGGUGCAGCGGGCAAGUUUUCCCUCUGCCCGUCUGUGUGGGACCUGACGUCAUCCUAUUUACCUUUAGCCAAUCAGUUUGCACUAGUAGUGAUGUUA